UUUGUAAAUGAUUCCCUACUUCUGACAUGUAUCGAAGUGCGAAACACACAACGAAAAGCCCUCGUAUGCGCGAAGCAUGUCUUUCGUUACAUAACUGCAUUGAGUUUGACAUAAUACCAGCUGCUCGGUAUCCACAGGAUUUCCAUUCAUAACUAUCCUGGAUGAGACCGACCACGACAAACGCAGCUGGAAAUGACACUCUUCGAAGUGAGCAGUACUGACUGACACAACAACUGUUGUACUUACAACGAGCAAUGUGAUAGACUUUUCAGUUCUUUCCGCUCAUCGAUACCGAACACACCAGGAAGGAGGAAGGAUACUUAGGGCCACUAAUCGCUGCCACUGAAGUAUGUGCUGAUGGUGGUGGCGUAAUACCGAGCAGUAGAAAAAUCUGAUCUCUGGAUGAAUUUGUGCUGCGGAAGUGAUUCGACUAGAUAUUACACGGUUCUGAAGUGCAAAUAUGGGCCACACGCGAUAGAUUAGGUGUGGGAAACGUGUCGAAUAGCAGUGAAACACUCGAAAAGGGAGAAACGCAAAGUUGUGCAUGUGUAUUGUGAUAUAGAAAGAGUUCCUUGAACUGGUCCUUCAAGUGAUUUGGGAAGAAGUGAAGCAUUAGCAAUAGGUUCUGAUGGAUAACGAAGGUUCCUCGUGGUCAAUUGAUUGAAAGUAACAAAUAGCCUUUUAAUGAGUUAUCUGCACCGUUCCUGGGCCAGUAGUGUUCUGCUGCCGACGUUCUGCUGAGACCGUGAACCAGUGACCUGCAAAAUUGUCAAGUUCGUCGUAGUGAGGAAAACAUGUCUAACCAUGGAAGUGGUAAGGAAAGCAACAGCAAGGAAGUAUCCGGUGGACCGCCAAAUGCAGGAUCCGCCGCCAAUGGAAUCCUCGCACAGGAACAUUCGUGCGAGAUAUGCGGAAUGUCCGGACUGUCGGAUGAUGCCAUGCGGGAGCAUACCCGCCAGUGCCAUGUGGAGGGGAGCGCUCAAUGCCCAUUCUGUGGGCUUAGUGGAGUUCCCGCGGCAGAACUGCUGCUGCACGUAAAUCAGGCUCACUUGGACUAUCUAACGCCGGAGAACGAGCUGAUGAGCUUUAUUGACGAUCAGACGCCGAGCAUUGACGGUGAUUCUGAUUCCAUUUCCGACUGCCGCGGAUUUUCUCCAUCGAUAACAUCCGAGCUUCUAACACCGGUUUCAAAUACCAACAAUGGCAAACCAAUAAGCAUCAGCAAUGGCAGUUCUUCAAUGACCAAUUCUUUCGGGCAACAGCAACAGCAACAGCAGUCAAAUCUCAACGGUACCAGUAAUAGUAGUCAUCAUAGCAAAAUCAGUUCUUCGAUGAGCACUUCGGCGACGAGCACCUGUAGUAGAUCCAGUAUCGGUAGCAGCCAGCAGAACGGCAUUAGUAGCAGCAACGGUAGUACGAGUGCAGGAAGUAGCAGUAGCAAUAGUCAUUCGUCAGGAGCUAGCAGUAAGGUCAAUCAACAGCAACUGUUGAACAAUCAUCCAACAAAUCCUGAAGUGACGGUAACUAGUACAAGCAACAAAAGCUGUGAUAUGCUAAAUGAAGGAAAAGAAGUGGUCAUGAAUGGAGGUGGUGCGGGAUGUACCAGUGGUGUCGUGGCGGGAGCAAGCGGCACUUCUACCGCCCCCGUAAACGGAACGGGCGCCGGUGGUCAAGGUUCGCCGCUUCGGUCGCAACUAGGACUCAAGCUCAAAUCUCACAAACCGAUCGCAGCAACCACUGUCAAACCCAGUCCGUUGCAGUGCCUACUAUGUCCUUACACAACUGAAAACCCGACCGUUCUAGAAGAGCAUAUAAAUCGAUCGCACUUUGACCCGCUAAGUCCUAGCAUAAACAAUGGAGCCAGUGGAAACUCCCACGUGGAUACCCUGAGCGCUCUACAAUGUCCCAUCUGCGCGCGUACAUUCGAAUCCGGUUCGGAUUUGGAGUUGCAUGUGAACAUUGAGCAUAGGGAUAUUCUAAGUCCGGCGAAGGCCGAUCGCCAGAACGGUGGUACGCCGGCAGCGGCGUCCGUCAACGGAAGCCUCACCGGCAGUCUUUGCCCGGUGUGCGGAAUUUCGUUCGAUCACAUGAAAACGGCCGACAUGGAAAUCCACAUCGAGAAACACUUCAGCAAAAGCCCGCAGAAUCCGGCCUCCAAGGAACCGGACUUGGAAAAGCAGGCGCAGAAACUGCGCGAGCAGCGAGAGUUCGAAAUGCUUCGGGCCCAGUACGGGAUGGAUGACCAGGGAAACUUCCGCGAACAGUCGGCGGCGGCCAUGCAGAGGGCGGUGUACGCCGGUGAGAUGAGUGUUGCCGAUUACUACGAACGGCAGGUCGGAUUGCGUGCGGCCGAAUCGCACGGCGUGGACGAUGGAUCAUCUUGCACAAAAUCGGUUUCUCCUCGGGUGCUGGCACUGUCGUCCUCCUCGCCGAAUGUGCUGAAGACGUACGUUUGCUCUAGUGUUGAUCACUAUGCAUCCAGUUACGGGGAUAAGGGUUGGGGUUGCGGUUACCGGAAUUUGCAGAUGAUGCUGUCGUCACUGUUGCAGAACACCGCCUACAACGAAGCUCUAUACUCGGCGUGGGGAUCGCACGGUCCGGCGCGCACUGCAAUGCCCAGCAUCUCCCGAUUGCAGCGUAUGGUUGAAGCUGCCUGGGCGCAAGGAUUCGACAUUCAGGGUUCAGAGCAGCUGGGCUGCAAGCUGUACAACACCCGAAAGUGGAUUGGUGCUACGGAAAUCGUUACCGUCCUGUCAUGGCUCCGGAUCCGCUGCGAGUUGGUGGACUUCCAUCGGCCAACGUCGUCCGAUGGACGUCACCCGGAACUGUUCAACUGGGUGUUGCGUUACUUCGAGGAACCCAGGAUCCACACGCCACCUUUGUACCUGCAACAUCAAGGUCACUCGAGGACAAUUGUUGGAAUUGAACAGCGUACCUCUGGUCUUUCGCUGUUGGUGUUAGAUCCCAGUCACGGUCCGCGCCAGGUGGCGGCCCUUGGGUCGUCACAGGAUUCGCUUCGGUUGAUUCGGAAAAACUCCGCCGCUAUGCGAGCUCCCCAGUAUCAGGUCGUGGCCGUUAAAGGUCUCAUCGAAACGGAGGAGCAAUACCAGGCGAGUAAAGUUUUGCGGUCCCAUAGAAUUCCUCCGGACCGUUGACGUGCUGUAGUCGUUUACCUGAUCUAUGUUCGAGUUGCGCUAUUUUAAGAAUUUACCAAUUCUUUUUACCUAGUCUAGAACAAACAAAAAACCAACUUAGCUAACCUUAUAUAGAUUGACGAUAGGAAAAAAACAAAUAUCUUACAAUUUAGAACAGAACAGGAGUGAAAUACUUACCUUAAAAGAGAAAUAACUAUAACCCAAAAGAGCAAGAGCAAAACCUAUCACAAAAGAACGUACACUCACACAGAGACACCUAACUCAAUUAGUCUAAUUCUAAACCAAUACUGCAAUAAACUAUUUCACACUUCAUAGUAAUAGCACAAACUCGAGCUGUAAUCAGAUACUCUUUAUCGCUUUACUGUUGAUUUAUUUGGUCGUUAUGAUUCAAAUAUUUCCAGUUCUCACUUUUAGUUUCAGCACAUCGAUCCCAAAUUCAAUACAUAUAGUUUGUAAAUGUAAGAGAUUAGUUACUGCUCAACCUACCAUGUAGAAACAGCCAUAAAACAUAUUUGCCUUCAAGUGAAGAGCAAUGUCGUCGUAAGAGUUCCAUACAUGGUAACAAAUAUGUUUCUAGAUCUAGAAUUUCGAUUAUCUAGAUUUCGGUUUAUUGCAACUAGCAGAUUUUAUCGUUGAUCAUGCCCUAGGUGUAGCUUAAAAAUAAGGUAGUGAAUCUAAUUCACUGAAGCUAUGACGUCGAGUUCGAUUAUUAUAAUAGUUUCUCUAAUGAUAGUCUAAACCAAAACUCUUUUUGUGUUGGUUAUUAAGCUUAUUUCUGUAGAAAAUUAUGUAAUUGUAAUAGUUCCCUACGUCAUAGAAGCAUAGCUUCUGUUAUUUGAAUUGUUGUCAUUGAUAGCUAAAAAGCUGUACCUAUUAAUUCCAAAUUAUAUAACAAUUCGACAAUCCUCCAUGUUGUGACCUGUUUUGUUCGAUGAUUUAGUUUCAUUCUCGAUUUCAUAACAUUUCAAUCCAAUUUCACUUUAUAAUAGACGUGAAUUCAGCUGUCGUAUUUUCUGUUAUGUUAGGUUCACGCAGUGCUAGAGAGGUGCAACUAUUUUUUUCACUGAUUUCGAAAAAAAUAGCAAAUUU